CUGCUGAUAAUGAGCAUAAUCAGUGCAGAAUAAGUGAAACCCCAGAUACUGCAUGGAUACGGCACAGGGCAUUACAAUGGCCUUCUCUGGAGCCACGCAUGCCGGACCGGAUUCAGCAUGUUAAACAGAGCUGUAGCAGGUGGUAUUAUUGGACCCGGUCCCCCCAUCUCCCCCCACCUCCAUCUCUCCCUCUCUUGCUCCUCAUCUCCCAGUAAGCCCUUAUUCAUUUCUGCGUAUGGGCAGGAGGGUGAACAUGGACUCGUUGGGUCUUUUUGUCCUGCUAAUACCUACGUUUUCCCACUGGACAGCUGCUUCUUCUGCUGAUGAAAUCAGCUGGAGCUAUUCUGGUAUUGCUGGUCAAUCUGAGUGGUCAGAGUAUUUCCCCGACUGUGGCGGUUCUUCCCAGUCACCUGUGGAUGUGAUAACCACCCAGACUAAAUAUGACACCAGUCUGGUGCCGGUGACGCCGCUAGGCUACAGUCAGCACGGCAACCAGCCCUUUUCGAUGCACAAUAACGGACACACGGUGAUUGUUGAGCUGCCAGAGUGGAUGGGACUUGGGGGGCUACCGUGGUUCUUCACAGCCGUUCAGCUGCACCUUCACUGGGGGAAUGGAGGCCCAGGUCGAGGGGGCAGUGAACACACGAUCAAUGGGAGGAGUUCAGACGCAGAACUCCAUGUGGUCCACUACAACGCUGAACUUUACCCCAACAUGUCCGCAGCCAUGACGCAGAGAGAUGGCCUGGCUGUUUUAGGAAUUCUCAUUGAGACAGGUGAAGAGACGAAUCCAGGAUUCAAUAACAUCCUCAACUACAUGAGCCGAAUCAGACAUGCCGACCAGAGAGCGUUCAUCCCAGCCUUUGACGUCCAGUCCUUACUCCCCCAAGAUCUGGGACGCUACUAUCGAUACAACGGCUCCCUGACCACCCCGCCCUGCUACCAGAGUGUCAUCUGGACCGUGUUUCAUGAAAGGGUUCAGAUCUCAAAAGCCCAGCUCCUGAAGAUGGAGAUGAUGCUUUACUCCAGUAAAAUCCAGGAAGUUGACAGGAUGCUGCUGCAGGACAACUUCCGGAUAACGCAGCCGCUCAACCACAGGGUCAUCUUCGCCUCCUUUUCUGCAGAAUCGGGGAGGGAGCUCUCAUCUGGUGAGGUCACAGCCAUCGUGAUAGGAGUGAUGUGUGGCUGUGUGGGUGUGGCGGUGAUCAUUCGCUUCAUCGUGAAGACGAUACGAUUUUUUAAACUCCUUCACCUUGAAACAGUCGUGGUAAACAGCUCUACUUCUAGCUGGGACGUCCUGCACAAUAACCGGCCUGCUCCAAUGCCAAGAACAAAGGAGACCGAGAAAUCACAGGAGAAAAACACAGACCUGGUUCUAACGAUAACCUCAAAAGCUGAAAGGAAUGAAAGGAAAGAAGAGUUGUCACCUUCGCCUCAGACCGAGCCAUAGCUUUACAUCUCACGUCAGUAUGUUCUGUCUUUUUUCUCAUCAGAGGUGAUUUUAUGGAUCUGUGUCCUAGGGAAAAGCAACUAUAUUUUAUCUGAAUCGAUCACACAGAGAGAGAGAGAGAGAGAGAGAGAGAGAGAGAGAGAGAGAGAGAGAGAGAGAGAGAGAGAGAGAGAUUGUGUGAUAAAGGCAUUUUUCGCUCAGUUUUCAGCUAUGAAAUUAUAUUCUACCCAAAACCAAGUAAAGCAACUGAUGCUGGUUUAAUAUUCAGGUGUGUUUCAUGCGUGUGUAUACUUGAGAUGAGGAAUGCACAUAAAAUGUUUUUUUCUUUUUCUUAGUUUUAAUGUCAUUUCUGUCACAAUAUUUCAAGCACUCUGCACUAAUACUGUGUAAGCUUUUUACAGCUAAACUCUUCAGAGGAAAUUUAAAAGAUAAAUGAUAAAACAGACUGAUGUAAAAACAUGACAGGUGACAUGUAUAUACAGAUGCUGUACAAACAUUUCAGAUCGGAUUUUAAUUUUGCACAUUUUGUUGUAAAUGGAAGUUAUAUUUAUGUACAUGCCUUUACUGUGUUGAAGAGAGAAAUAUAAAAGCUGCAUGUCAUCUGCACAUAUCUGUUUAUUGUUGUGUCUAACCUGUCUGCCUGAGCACUGCAUUAAAACACUUGAAUGCUGAA